AUGUCUGAUGAACGUAGGAAGAUAGAAGGAAGCGGUCGGAUGUAAGUUUCACUAUAAUCAAAAUCACGCUCCUGUCACUGCCGCUUCCCGCAACUUUACCAGUCCCUAUCGGUCACGACGGACGGAGUAUCAUGGCAUCGGCGUGUACUACACGUAUCUGAAAUUUCGCAAAUCAAAUCAGUUUUUUCUACGAUAAGCCAGGCAACUACUUACUUCCCAAUUGUCGGUGUGCCGGAAUUUUUGGCUUAGAAACCUACCAUUUUGUCUAACUUAGUUAGUCCCUAUGUACCUUCCGCAUUUGGCUUUUUUAUUACAUCGGUCUAGGCGAACAUGCGUUUCUAAUCAUUAAUAAGCAGGCCAUUCAAAUAAUACACUGUUAGGAAAGCGGUAAGCAGGUAAAAGAACCAGUUGUAAUGAUAUAGUGGGAGAGGUGAACUGUGUUUUCUAACGUAAGACAGGAUUAGAUAUACACAUGACAGUCGCCUCCAUUGUGAUUUCUACCAUCAUAGUCACCGCCACACCGUAAUUAACACUAAUAACCAUAUACGCAUGCUAGGUGAUGCGGUUGAUCACUAUUAGCCCUAAGGGCAUUUAUGCAUGUCUGCAAACUUUGCUCUAACAGAUCUUUGUUGGAGCAAAUAGCGCAUUUUACUUAUUCCCCCCCGCAACUGUUAGUUAUACAGAGCAUUAUUUUUUUCUCGCAACUAGGUACACUUCCUCGGAGACCGCGAAUCAACAACCCUAUCAACUACCAUUGAAGUCCACUCGGUACUACAUCCCAGGCACGUCAUUUGUCUGAAACAUCCUGCAUUUCAGAAGCUGCCAUGUAUUUCUCACCCCCUCCCUCCCCCCAGUUUGACAGUUAUAGGGCCCUAUGUAGAGACUCACCCGACUCACCUUAGUUCCCUAUCAUCUUUUGCACUUUUUAUCGAUGUAGCUUUUGUCUCCUAGAUCCACAAAAAUUGGCGAAAUUAGAGCCUCGUAUAUUUUCUUUAGAUGUAAGCACUUUUUCCAGAUCCCUGUAACAUGGUAGGCUGUUCGGGCUCCUAUUAUUGUGCCCUUCUAUGUGCAGUCAGCAGAAUCAUCUGCUGAAAACCCGAACACUUGAAAUUGUUCCUGCUGUUAAUUGUUACAACCUUAUCUAUCCGUGUGGAUCACCAAAAUUGGGGAUGGUGGACUGCCCACCCUGGUGUUUCAUGGAAAAGGCGAAGACCAUAGAAAAGAAGUAGGGUUGCUGGUAGUGCAUUCGUCAGUCAAGACUUUCUCAGCCACAUGUUCGGGUGCGCCUCUCGCCAGUGUUAAAGACAUUGAACAGUUUAGGCAACUGUAGCCCUUCUUGUCCAUAGCCAUCUUUGUCGGAUGGAACCACCGGCGUGGUAGACUUCAUCUGCCUCCUCAAGGAUGUCGUUUUUUGCCGUCAAAGGGCUUCGUGAUUCAGUCAAAUCUCCAGCGAACGUUUCACACUUGGGCGCUGUGAAAACUCUCCCAUGGAUAUUCGCAGCGAUUGCGGUCAUAUCUAUAGCAUCCAUGGAUUUAAAAUGCUGCACAAUAGAACUUUCGCAGUUAUGUUCCAUGUCGAUCGGCUUUUCCGUAGGAAAUCCGGUAACUGUUGCACUUUUAGGUUUGCAUCGAUGGUAGCAUAUUCCAACGCCACCUUCGUGACUAAAUUUUACACUAAUUUAGCCUAUUGAUUAUGUACCUUUUCACCACUUAAUUCAGUCAUGUUUCAUAACGAUUCGAUGCGGUCAGGACUUUCUCCCAACAUGACUUUCUAGUCCAUUUCGAUUUUUUGACGUACGCCAUCUUUUUUUGUCUUCAAGGUCACAUUCUACGGAAGGACCCCUCUCAUCCAAACGGUCUGAGAAGCAUUAGCACAACCUAUCUCCAAUUCUCACCCGAUGGGUCAGAUCUCUUAGCUAAUCUUGGCGGUGACCACAUCUACCUCUUUUCCACAACUGGACGAAGGAGCGCCUUCAACUGUCCCGUCUCACCUGAUGUACCCGAUGCCCUCUGGUCUUCCGGGCCAUCGAAGUUGAACACUUCCUCACCACCGAGAAUUCAAAAUUACGUCCACUCCGAUCGGAAAACUACACGUAUGUCAGGGGAAGUGAGAAGUAGGACGUAGGGGACUUAUUUUUCAUAACUUUUGCUGCGGGAACUUGCCGUCUGAAAACAAAUAUCACCGAAGGGUCAGCGUACGUUCCUCUCGUGAAGUGGCCGUAGUCUUCAUUAGUAUAAAGCUCUUAACACCCUAACCCGGCGCAAGAGGCAGGUUCUUUCAUCAUCAAGAGAACUUUCCUCUCAAGAACCUGCGGACGUAGUCAGUUCAUCGUGUUAAUGAAUAGCACGAACGAGCUUCCAGUUUGCCAAUUUUCUAAGUUAACUCGGGAAAGCCCCUUGCCAUUUCGUCUCAAGCGCUUCAGUCUGUAACGUGGACUUUUAGUGCAUCAUGCUAGCUUCAAAGCGACGGAUCAGUCACACUCCUCUUCCCUUAUCAAAUACAAGUAUCAAGCCGACUAGGGACGAGGUCGACUGUACCGUUUGACGUGUAAUAAGACCUUCAUCUCUCCUGUGCCUCAGGCGUUUGGUCGUCGUUCAGGUCCGACAGAAAAACAUCGCCUGUUUCGUGAACUCAUCUUGUGCAAGAUGGUUCAAUUGUCGAAACCGACGAGGUCAGCCCGUGCUCCGCGAGAUAGGCUCGGGCGUGAUCUGCGCAUGAAUUUAUUUACACUGAGGCAGGCUCGCGUUACAUCCGCGUCACUCCACGCCCACUUUGUUCUGGUGGCAAGACAUAAUCAAGACGACCAAGGAUUGGCGUAAGCGCAGUGGUUAACAGAGCUAAACAGGCCGUCUGCGCGUGCCACGCACGAUCCAGCCCCUAAUUCAUCUGUCAGGUUUCGUUAAGGUGAGUGUUUCGAAUCCCCUACGAGUGGGGGUGUCGUAGAGGCCAGCUUAAGGAGCCAUUGCUGCCCGACCCUCCGUCCCGAGGGAGAUUAAGUACUGCGUUAAGAACGGCAUCUGAACUGGAACGACUUCGCUUUCGCCCCCCCCCCCCCCCCCCCCCCCC